UACUCAUCUUCCAUUUCACCUUGCGUUUUUUUGUAAUACUUUUUUUUUCUCUCCGCUUGCUUUAUUAUUAUUAUUAUUAUUAUUAUUAUCAAAAAACUAAAUACAAAUGGACGCACACGAUUUCUUUGACUGUUUCACGCGCACCUCCACUCUCAGCCGCGCAACACAACGAGAGCUACUCCUUGUCUACACGACGCUCAUCACGACGCUUCUCAGCGGUAUCUCCGGUAUCUAUUCUGCAUACCGCCUAAAUAUUUACGAAGCCUUCCCACUGCUUAUUCCAAUUACCUUACUCCUCCUUACCUUUGCCAUGUGCCUGGUGCCGGCGACCAAGCAGAAUGUCGGCAAGCGACAGACCAUGCUUCUUUGCUUGGGUUGGGUCACCGGUGUAUUCAUAAUGCCAUUCAUCAGUAGAAUGGAGUACCGCACCGGGAGCAUGGAUGUUGUCGUGGGUGCGGCAGGCCUAAGUGUUUUGAUGUUUGUGGCGUUUGCAUUGGCCACAGUGUGUUUUGAGCGCAGCCAAGUGGUGUAUACUAUGGGAGCGGUGUGGACGGCGCUGGGGUCGCUUGCGUGGGUCGGAUUUGCUGGGUGGAUGUGGGGGUCGUAUGGGUAUUUCUUGGACUUACAUUUGUUGGUCGGCUUAGCCACCGCGUGUGCUUAUGUGGUCAAGCAUACGAAUGACUUGGUGGAUUUGGCGCAGGGAGGACAGUGGCUGGAUCCUGUGAGCCAUGCUCUUGGGUUCUUCAAUGACUUUGUCAGGAUUUUUAUGCACUUGGCUGUGAUUCUUGCACGGAAUAAGGAGAAAGGGACCCACAGGACAGGAAAAAUAAGAAGAAAAGGCAGGCUCGGGCCCAGGCUCAAAAAUGGGCUCAGCAGUGUUACUGAUGCGCACAGGCAGGGUGAUAAAGGGGUGCAAGUACUGGAUUUUUUUCUUUUUUUUCCUUCCACAUUUUUCACAUUCCUUUCCCUUUUUUUCCUUUUUUUUAUUUUUAUUCUUCCCUUUCAUAA